GCCGACAGCUCAUGCGCAGUCUCAGUUGUGCUUCACGUUGUACAAGGGCAGUUAUAUUAUUACAUGUGUGAUGUCAUUUUCAUUCUGUGCAUUAUUAUGCUGUUGUGAUUUACUUUGAGAACAGUGUCGACAGUUUCUACAGCUAAUAUCUAUUGUUCUACGCCACCCUAAUCACGGAUACAUUGUUUUCUUGAAGAUGAAUGAAUUUUAAACGAUAACACAGCAAAGGACGAAGAGUUUUGAUAUCGUCAAUCUAAUUGGAGUCAUCAAUACGAAAUGAUGAAUUUUGAUGGAGAAAAAGGAUCCACGAGAUUCUUGUCCUCACGAAAUAUUUGUUGCUGUCAAGCAACAGCUAGAUAUAACAGUUCAAAAGCGCUUAGAUAUUUCGCAGGUCUUCUGAUUUUGAUUGUCCUGCCAGCUGAGCUUAACGAGAAGUAUGGAUGAAUUACAAAAUGUCAAUGAUAGUGAUAUGAGUCAGUGUACAUAUGAUAAUCACAAUAGUAAUAACAACAACAGAUUGUUGGAGUAUCUUGGUUUGGAUAAUCGUACCAAUGAUCCACUCAGUGAACCAGAAGUAACUAUGAACUUGAAUGAAGGUUCUACACAGCUACCGCUUCAUCCACUAGAAGAGUUGGAAGAAGAUAUGUUUGAUUAUGAUACUGAUAUUUCAUUACAAGAUGUAAAUACAGAAUCUAAGGAGCAAGUUGUACCAUGUAGUCAGCUGAGUACCAGCUAUAAAUACCCUGAGGAGCUUACUAUAUCAGACGAUGAGGUAGAUGAAGGCAUAUUCGAAGAUGAACCAGUGUCUAAUUUGGUGUUAUUGAGCGAUAACAAUACACAUGACUCUGAACCUCCAUGAAUCACUACACAGUGCAAUCGAUAUGUUUUUGUACAGCACUGCCACGUGCUCAUGUGCUAAUUUGCUAUGCAAUAUCCUGUACUAUUCAAAUUUUCUAUUGAUCAGGUUCACUGAAUACACUGAGUUUGUUAAAAAUUUAAAUAAAUUGAUUUACUAUCUAAAUAAUAUCAACCACAAGCUCUCUUUAGAGACAAAUACUUGGUAAAAGAUAUGUAAUACUGUUGCAGAAUGUAUCAUUGUUAUAAUGUUAUACGAUAUAUAAAUGUAUUGUAUAUCUACAAAGCAAUAAUAUAAGAAUAAAUAUAGUAAAAAAUAUAAAAUAUUUUACUACAUGUUGUAUUCAGUCUUAUUAAAUGUGGGACAUUAUAAUAAAUUGUGUAUGCAGAAAACAAAUAAGCAAAUAAAUGAAUCAAUUAGUGAA